UUCAUCUUCAUCUUUCACAAAUCUACAAUCUCAGCUUUAUUUUUUGUUAACCAAUAUUCGCCAUGUCGUUUUGUUCUUCAUCCCUGAAAAACACAGUUUCUGUAUCCAAUGGAUCAGAUCAAAGAGGUCAUAAUCAUCUUCUUUCCGGCGAAAUCCAUGUAAUUUUUGGCCCUAUGUUUGCCGGUAAAACUACUGCUCUUCUUCGCCGCGUCAAUUCUGAAUCCAAACUGGGCAGAAAUGUGGUGAUGAUCAAGUCAAACAAAGAUACGAGGUAUGCAGUAGAUGCAGUGGUGACACACGAUGGGACGAAAUUUCCAUGUUGGUCAUUGCCUGAUCUAUCAUCUUUCAAACAUAGAUUUGGUCCAAAUGCAUAUGAAAAGGUUGAUGUGAUUGGCAUUGAUGAAGCUCAGUUUUUCGAAGACCUUUAUGAUUUCUGCUGCAAUGCUGCUGAUAUUGAUGGGAAGAUUGUAAUUGUUGCUGGCCUAGACGGUGAUUACUUGAGGAGGAAAUUUGGCUCAGUCCUUGAUAUUAUUCCAAUUGCAGAUACAGUUACAAAGUUAACAGCAAGAUGUGAAUUAUGUGGCAAAUGCGCAUUUUUUACCUUGAGAAAAACCGAUGAAAUGCAGAAGGAGCUUAUAGGUGGUGCUAAUAUGUACAUGCCUGUCUGUCGACAACACUAUGUCAAUGGAAAGUCCAUCAUGGUAUCCGUGAAAAAGGUCCUCGAAUCUCAUCAAAUGCAGGUUGAAUUAGUUAUAGAGAAACCACUAGUUGCUUAGUAACACUUCUGGCUUGUGUGUGUGUAUACAUAUAUAUAUAUAUAUAUUUCCAUGUGUUCAGUUUGUUUCAAUUAUCAAUGUUAAGAUGUUAUUUGUUCUGUACAAUAUAAAACGCCAUUCAGUGUUUCAUUUAG